CUUUGAACUAGAAGAUUUCAAAGCAGAGAACGUAAAAGAAAAGCCAAAGCUAUAAAAGAAGAAAAAACUUAGUAAUUAGAAUCAACGGUUAGGAUUUUCUCGAUCGAAAAUGUCGUGGCAAACGUACGUUGAUGAGCACCUCAUGUGCGAUAUCGAUGGCCAACGUCUCACCGCCGCUGCCAUUAUCGGUCACGAUGGCAGUGUAUGGGCCCAGAGUACCAGCUUCCCUCAGUUUAAGCCAGAAGAGAUUGCUGCCAUCAUGAAAGAUUUUGAUGAGCCUGGAUCUCUUGCUCCAACUGGGUUGCACCUUGGUGGUACAAAGUAUAUGGUGAUCCAGGGAGAAUCCGGAGCUGUGAUUCGUGGAAAGAAGGGUUCUGGUGGCAUCACUGUGAAGAAAACCAGCCAGGCUCUUAUUAUUGGCAUCUAUGAUGAGCCACUAACUCCAGGACAGUGCAACAUGAUUGUAGAGAGGCUGGGUGAUUACCUCCUUGACCAGGGCCUGUAGGCCUCAUCUUAGCACCAUGGACCAUCAUGGUUGUCAAAUGCUGAUUUCUGGUUUGGGCUUGCAGCUGGCCAUGAACUGGCAUUAAUGAUUUUGCUGAAAAUAACGUUGUGAGGACAGAAACAGUGAAAUUUUUUUUUUUUCUUUUGUUGGUGAUUUUAGGUUCAUUGCUUUUUCUUCUGGUGUUAAUUUAUGUGUAUUCAUGAUCCCUCUGUUAUGCUUGGAUUAAGUUUGGAUAUCUAAAGUUCGAAUAUUUUGGAUUUAUAUUAUACUGUUAUAAUAUUCUCUUGAUUUUCAAUACCAAUGUCUUUGGCUUUCA